AUGAACUAUCAAGAGAUGAAGAUGAGCCUUCAUGGCUUGACCAAAGAAUGCCAACACAUUUGGGAGGAGAACAAAGACAUGCAAGGGAGAUUCGUCAACGACCUAAGCGAGUUGCAGCGCUUUCAGCUGGCCAUCAGCCAACUGGAGCAAAGUCAGAGAAUCGACCAGUUGAGGAAUGCUCAGAAUUCAAUGCAAGAAAUGCAGUCACGGACUUCACAAUUGUAUGAGCAAUUAACUGAGAGACGCAACUAUUUGGUAAGUGAUAGCAAUUGUGUUUAUUACUACUCGCGCUCAACAGCGGCCAAUUCCCGCACUGUGCAUCUUUCUGAUUUUUCGCAUUUUGUCACCGCAAUUCUCUGUGUUUGCACGACCGACGUGCCUGUUCGACAAACCCCAAUUUGGACGCGGCGAUAAAUUAAAACCCGUACUUUCGCACCGUGCGGGAACUGUCCGAACUUUUGAACGCGAGAGGUGUACUGUACUUGAUGUUAAUAAUAUGAUUAAUUAAAGACUCAACGACUAAACGAAGGGAUCCAGCAGAUCGCCAGGUUGCAGAGUACUCUAAUAAAUGAAAGAUUAUUGGAAUGGAAAAAUCGCCAGAAGUUAUCUCAGAUUGGAGUCCCAUUUGAGAAUCGGGAUCUCCAAUUGGACGAGAUUCAGAUGGAGUAGGGGACUUUAUUCUUACUUUUGAAGUUUGUUUAUGUUGUGAAGUGACUUGAAUUUCCUGAGUACGUUUGUUUUUAUUUGGUUUAUUAACAGUUUAGUUUUCGUUAACGCUUGUCCUUUUUGGCUUCGUUAAUCCUUUAUCUAUAUUUUUUGAUUACCCGUUUUCAGUUUUGAGAUGUUAUGUGAAAACAAUUGGCAACUUCGCACAUUUGCUUGCUGGCAGUUAGAUCUUCUCCGUCGGAGCCCGCAAUUGUCGGAUAACACGGCCCAAACCCAUAUCAGUCACUUAUCUCACAUCCAUGAGACCCUCACAAAACUCUUGUGUAUGUUGGUCUCUCAAUCCUUCGUGGUCGCCGUUCAACCAGACCCUGUCCUCAAAACUCAGCACAAGUUUGUGGCUGAAGUCAGACUUCUCAUUGGGGACAAAUUGGGAAUCAAACAACAUCUUGUCAAUGCCAAUGUCACUGUUAAGAUAGUCGCAGAAGAAGAAGCCAGGCUCCUCAGUGUUAGUCAGCUGGCGGAGAAGGACAUGUAAGUCAUCUUUUCAUUGUGAAUUGUCCAAGUUCUUACAGAAAAACCGUUGGUUCCAUUAGCAACGACUUUGAAAAGUUGACUUUUGACGAGAAGGGGCAUAUGUCAGCUAAAUUCAACAAUUCGGUAAGAACAAGGCCACUGCUAUCAAUUCGUUUGUAGAAAUUGACCAGAAUUGCUCAUCGCAAGCCCCCACCAAAAGGGAUUCAGGGCGAUUGCAAGAGCUUCAAUGUACAAACAGCGACCGAUCAGAAGUACGCCCUUCUUUUCCAUAUCACUCCAUUCCAAUUGGGCAACCUGGGAAAAUUUGAUGUUUGGACUCUCUCCUUGCCUUUGAUGGUCACCGUUCAUGGAUCUCAGGACUGCGAUGCUCAAGGAGUUAUUCUGUGGCAAAGGGCUUUUUCUUCUGUUGUAAGUUUCUUGAUGUAUUUACUGAAUAACAAAAGCGGAAAAAUUAAUUUUUUCAUGCAGACUCGGACCUCAGUCAAUGAAGAUGUAGCUGCUGUUACAUGGAAAGAUCUGAGCCAAGUCUUAAGACACAAGUUUAAUUUAUUUACCGGCACAAGAAGACCUCUCAAUGAAUCAGAUUUGAAUUAUUUGGCUGAGAAACUGAUUAUGCAGCCCGGCCCAGAACCCAAGCCAAUCACAUUCCACAGAUUUGCCAAAGUAUGUUUAUGACUUUAAAGGGAUACUUUAAUUUGCAGCAAAACCUCAGAGAAGAUGUAAACUUCUCGUUCUGGGAAUGGUUCUUCUUGAUUAUGCAGUUGAUUAAACAAAAACUGUUGAAGUUUUGGGACGAGGGAUGGCUGAUCGGAUUCAUCUCCAAGAAUGAUGCAUCCAGUAGAAUGUGUAUGUCCCCAAUGCCCACUUUCCUCCUCCGUUUCUCCGACACUCAGACUGGAGCUGUGAGCAUUGGAUUUGUUUGCGAAGAAGAUGGACAGAAAGUCCCGUUCCAUUUGGCCCCAUUCACCAUAAAGGACCUGGAUCAGCUAAGUCUGGCUCAGCGAAUCGCCUCAUGUCCUCAAUUACAGAACAUUAGGUAGUAAUGAAUGGGUGUAUCUUGAUAAAAAUUGAUCUUUAGGUAUCUGUACCCAGACCACGACAAAGAGAAUAUGCUCAGAGUAUUUGAGGGAGAAGAGCGGCCUAAGUCCGAGUCUCCCACAGGAUAUAUCCAGUCCCAGAUUGUGAUGGUAGCAAAGACAGGGUAAGUUCACUCUCCAUCCAAUAAUAACGAGUAAAUGCGCAGAAAAAUGAACAUUGGCGGAGAGAGCCCAUCGCCCAUGUCUAACAACAGCAAGAUCGACUGGUCUCCCGGAGAUUUCCAGUCCUCGAAUUCAAUGGACAUGUAAGUGCUGGAUCUCAUCCCUACCCUCCCAGCAAAAAUUAAUUUAUUAUAUUGUUUUACAUCUAAUAAACAUCUAUUUGUCCAACAUUUGACUUUCUUCCAGGAGUGAUGACAUUGUGACCAUGUUCUCGACCAGCCAACUGGACAAUACGAAUGUCGACAGUCUUCUGGGUGCCGGAUUCAGACCUCAACUGCCAUCUCAGCCCCUCCAGCAGAUCGAUCUCUCUUUCAUCGACUCUCAGUUCCCUGGCAAUGGACCGCAUUCGUACUCUGGAAUGAGUCAUCACUCGGAAGGAUGA